AUGGGUGAUAAUAAUACUAUUAAUUUUUCUUUAUGUUCUAUCAUUACUAACAAAGUUAAUAUUGUCUUGGGAUGCCAAUAUGCUGUUCAUGUAUAUUUAGACAAUUGCACAUUGAUAAAUCCAGAUGCACACACGUUAUUUGUUGCAAAGAAUGGUAACGCAUAUAUUACCGCAUCAAAUUGCUAUACAAAUUCAUAUCCAGAAUCAGCAUCAACAAAAGGUGCACCAGCAGAUGCAAUCAAAUUCGAAAACAUAACAGAAUUAUCUGAAACAAAAAUAAUUCAUUUGGAAUGCAAUCAAAUUGUCCAAAUGGAAAAAACUCUCAAAAUAUUAUCAUUUAAUAAGAAAAGUCAUUAA